CAAUGAAAUCUGUGGUCAUCUGUAGUGUGUUGAGGUUAGAGUUUUCGUGAUCGAUUACAAAAUUGAAGAUUUUCAUCGACUUUAUUUAGUUACAAAAUAGUUAUUCGUUGUAAAAUACAUAAACCUUUCCUCAACUAUGGCUGACGAAGAAAUCAAUGGUGAUACCGACGAUAUUCAGCAAGACAAGUCGCAGAAGAAAAUAGCCAAACAUGAUAGCGGAGUUGCAGAUCUAGAAAAAGUUACCGAUUAUGCAGAAGAAAAGGAAAUCUCGUCGCAGGAUAUUUCAGGGGCUCUAUCAUUGAUUGGAGACAGAAGAAAUAAGGAGGCUGCUGAGCGUCUAGAAAAAGAGAAGGAACUUCAAAAAGUAUCUGUUAAGAAAGACGACAUAGAACUUAUUGUUAAAGAAAUGGAGAUCUCAAGAGUGACAGCUGAGCGCACACUGAGGGAACACCGUGGUGAUGUAGUGGCCGCACUCAUUACUCUUACUAAUUAAUUCCACUAUCUUUAUGAAGAUAUUUAUUUUUAAACCAACAACUACUUACAAUUUUGUCACACAUACAGGCCUACCACAGGCUGUAUCAAAAGAUGUGUGCCUGUGUAGUACUUUGGGAUACUACAACAACAAGAAUUUGUAGUUUAUAAGAUUUGAGACAUUUAUCUCAAACAAUCAAUUUUUGUUAGUAAGUAAUCAAAAGUAACAUGAAAUUUACAGCAAUAAAUUGAUACUGUAAAUAAUGCAUAAGUACCAUUAUUUGACUUUCCAUAUUUGUAACAAACCUAAAUUGGCAUGGUGCCACAAAAACAAAAUAAAAAGCAUUACCUAAACCUG